AUGAGUUACCCGGUGGACACGAUAGGAAGUCCCUUCAGAAGAGCCAUGGAUACUAGGACGAGCAACUACGGCUACAGCCGCUCCGCUACCCCCUCCAGCGGCUUCCGCUCCCAGUCCUGGUCCCGAGCGAGCCCCGGCUCCACCGUGGCCGCGUCCUACAAGAGGAGCGUGAACAUGCCGGUGUCCCGCGGUUACAGCUCCACGGUGCUCAGCUCCGUCGACAGCGGUGAUUACAACCAGACCUCCAUCCUGAACGGAGACUACAAGCGAUCUAACGAGAAAGAGCAGCUCCAAGGGCUCAACGACCGCUUCGUUGUUUACAUUGACAAGGUGCAUUACCUGGAGACGCAGAACGAGCAGAUCGAGGCGGAGAUCCAGGCGCUGCGGCAGAAGCAGGUGUCGCGCUCCCAGCUGGGAGACCUGUACGACGAGGAGCUGCAGGAGCUGCGCUCCGUGCUGGAGCAGAUCCACCAUGACAAGGCGCAAAUCCAGAUCGACACCGACCACAUCGAGGAGGACAUCCAUCGGCUCAGGGACCGCUUCGACGAAGAGGCGCGCAUCCGGGAGGAGACCGAGGCCAUCAUCCGCGUCCUGAAGAAGGACAUGGGCGACUCGGAGUUGGUCAAGUCCGAGUUGGAGAAAAAAGUUCAGUCGCUGCAGGAUGAGAUCGCCUUCAUCCGCAACAACCACGAGGAAGAGGUGAGCGACCUGAUCGCACAGAUCGAGGCUUCCCAGGUGACCGUGGAGAGGAAGGACCUGCAGAAGACGGACAUCACCGAGGCGCUGCGGGAGAUCCGCUGCGAGCUGGAGGGUCACUCCAACCAGAACCUGCAGCAGGUGGAGAACUGGUUCAUGUGCCGCUACUCCAAGCUCACCGACGCUGCGGAGCAGAACAAGGACGCCAUCAAGUCCGCCCGAGACGAGAUCUCCGACUACCGCCGCCAGCUGCAGUCCAAGACGGUGGAGUUGGAAUCCGUGCGCGGGACGAGAGACUCGCUGGAGCGCCAGCUGAACGACAUCGAGGACCGUCACAACAGCGACCUGUCCAGCCUGCAGGAGACGAUUCACCAGCUGGAUAAUGAGCUCAAGAGCACCAAGUGGGAGAUGGCUCGUCACCUGCGCGAGUACCAGGACCUUCUCAAUGUCAAGAUGGCCCUGGAUAUUGAGAUUGCUGCAUACAGGAAACUCCUCGAGGGUGAGGAGACCCACUUCAGCACUUUCCCUUAUCGCCAGCCGAUCACUCCCGCCAAAGUCUCCAAGUCCAAAUCAGAAUCCACCAAGCUGAAGGUGCAGCACAAGUUUGUGGAAGAGAUCAUCGAGGAGACCAGGGUGGAGGAUGACAAGUCCGACCUGGACGAGGCCCUGGCUGAGAUAGCACAGGAGCUGUCGGCCACGCUCGGAGGGGAAGGAGGGGACGAGGAGGAUGAAGAGGAGAAGGAUGGUGGAGAGAAUGAUGAAGCAGAGGGUGAGGAUGAAGAGGGUGAAGUAGAUGGAGGUGAGGUAGGACAAGAGGAGGAAGUUAUUUGCGCCACUGAAGCUAAAGUAAGCUCCAGCGCACCUGCUAAGGGGGAAGAAGAUGAGGAAGAGGAAGAUGAGGCAAAGGGUGGCGAUGAGGACGAAGAGGGAGAAGGUGGAGAGGAAGGAGAAAAGGAAGAAGAAGGUGAGGGAGAGGAUGAGGGAGAAAAGGGGGAUGAUGAAGAGGGAGGAGAGGAAGAACAGGUUGAGGAGACAGUUCUCUGCUCCAAAGCUCCUGAGUCUAAAGCCUCUCCCGACAAAGAGAAGGCUGGAGACAAGGAGAGCAGCGGAGGAGAGGAGGAAGCAGCAGAGGAAGCUGGUGCUGAAGAGGAGGGUGGUGAUCAGGAUGAUGACAAAGCAUCCAAAAGCGGAGAUGAGAAAGAGGAAAAAGAGGAUUCAGAAAAAAGCAAAAAGGAAGACGAUGAGAAAGCAGAUGACAAGACAGAAAAAGAGGUAGCCAAGGCAGAAUCAGAAUCCCCGAAAUCUGUCUCCCCAAAAGCUGAAUCCCCAAAAGCUGAAUCUCCAAAAGCUGAAUCUCCAAAAGCUGAAUCCCCAAAAGCUGAAUCCCCAAAAAUUGAAUCCCCAAAAGCUGAAUCUCCAAAAGUUGAAUCUCCAAAAGCUGAAACCCCAAAAGCUGAAUCCCCAAAAGCUGAAUCCCCAAAAGCUGAAUCCCCUAAAGCUGAAACCCCAAAAGCUGAAUCCCCAAAAGCUGAAUCCCCAAAAGCUGAAACCCCAAAACCUGACACUCCUAAGCCUGCUGAAGAGAAACCCGAGAAAAAGAGCGACUCAACAGAAGACAAGAAGGUAGAAAAGACGGAUGCUGACAUGAACGGCACCUUGGACAAGAGCCCAGAAGAGGAAGGGAAGAAGGACGAGGGCCAGGAAGACGACGUGCUCGCUAACGGCGUGGACGAUAGCUCCAAUAAGGACGACCCCAGCCAGAAGGUGGUGAUCACCAAGACCGUGGAGACCAUCACCACCGGCGAGGACGGCUCCAAGCACGUCACCAAGUCCGUCACUGUGACCGAGACGGUGAAGGAGGUAGAAGAGAUGGUGCAGGAGACGUUGGUGGCCACCAAGAAGACGGAGAAGCACUCCACACAGUCGGUCAAGGAAGUGACCGAGGGCAACUGAGCAGGAGGU